GCUUCCAGGUAGGAGGUAGAGCUAUAAAAGCGCGACUCUGUAUUGAUCAGGGAACAUUGUUAACAUUUUGAAUCUCUCGUUGCCAAGAUGAAAGUCGUUCUGGUAGCUACGUUAGCAGUGGUGGCCCAGUGCUGGCUGAUUGGUGCCGUGAUUGGUGAGUCAACUCUUGACCAAGCUCUCCGUCCGUUGUACAGUCAACUCGAUACCUUUCGGCACCAACUGGAUGCGGUCAAAGCGCUUACUUGUAAAGCUUCGGAAUGGCAGUUGGUUUUUAAAGGUAUGGCAGGGACCGGAUUUGGGAUAUAUGACAUGUGGACUACAGCAUCUUGGGACGAAAACACGAUGGGUGUCAGUGGGAGUUGGCGGGAUGAAUCGCUGCAUGACGGCUGGAAAAGCGGAGAACUGAAUAUUAGGCGAGUAAAAUUGUCCGUGGGUGAUUUCAAGGGGCGCAGAGUUGACCUGAUAUUCGACGGUACCGGGACGGAUAUCCAUAACUGGUUCUCCCAAGAACGCCUCAUCUCGAGCCCCUGGGAAGACGUGGAAUCAUCCACACCAAACUACUUCGGCGUUGAAGGGGAUACAGUAGAAGAUCGACGAUUCUUCAUUAAUAACAACUACGGUGGAUGUUCCAUCGACCAAGGCUGGUUGGUCGUAACCGAGUCCAAUAGCGGGACCGAUUGCGAAUGGGAGCGCCCGUCAGAGGAGCACCCCUACCCGAUCAUACACUACAGCAAGUCGGCGAGUAAAGUAGUGUGGCAUAACGUGCUCAAUGCAGGUGAUGUCACAGUGGGACGUGCGGACUUUCUCACCAUCCAUGUCGAUGCCAAGUAGGGACUACAAAGGCUAACCCAAAUAAACAACAAAAUACAGUUAAUUCAUGGACAUUAAUGGAAACAGUAGAGAAUGUAUAAAAGCUAUAGACACAUAAAAAUGUAUCUUCUCUGCUUGACAUAAUUUGCAAGUAAAUUGAUGUGUUUAAUUAUUGAAAGCGUUUUACAUUUUGGUUUUUUUUUAAGGUUUUUAGUAGGCAAUAUCUGCAUUUCCCGAAAUUUAAAAAGUGGUCUGAUUUUGGGCUAAAAAUAUACACCAGUUAUCAUUCCACCGACGGCCUAUUUAAUUUUUUGUGUCAAAAUGCAACUCGUGUAAUUUGUUUUGCAUAAAACCCAUAGGUAACAGACAGGCCGUGCCGUCAUUGCUGGCGUUGUCAAGGUAACAAUAUACAUAACUGCGUAUAUUAACCGAGCGUAUGCACGAGAUCAAUAAGCUGACUUGCCCGUUUAUAUAGUAUUCGACGAGAACAAAAUUGUUGACAAUCGCUCUACAUCGCAAGUAUUCCAUGCACUACGAUUUUCGCCGGAUAAUGUUUUAUGCUGUUAUUUACUUGAAUCAAUUCCAUAUUAAUAUGAUAAUUUGGACUUUUGGCAAAUAAUGCCCUGCCUUUAAUAGGGUUAAAGGAUAUUUGUGUAUUCAUAGAAUAGUUAAAUGUAUUUCUUUAUCUUUGGCGCUUAACCCUAAGAGGGCCGGAUUAUUUUGACCAUCUCUCAGCCGGGGGCGGAUUCCGCAGCCCCCCCCCCCCCC